UCUCGGAGCCGUGACCCGGAUGUAACCUACCUCUUCUGCUUCCGGGUCAAACCGCUGUAUUUCCGGUCGACACAGUGGUAGCAAGCAAACAGCAGAGAAGAGAAACCCCGGGAAAGUGACUGCGCACCUGCCAGGUCUGAGAAGAUGUUGAGGAGGAAACCGACUCGUCUGGAGCUGAAGAUCGACGACACCGAGGAGUUCGAGAGCGUCAAGAAGGAGCUGGAGGCCAGGAAGCGACAGCGCGAGGAGGCGGAGUCAGGAGGCGGAGUAGGUGGUUCUUCUGUAAUCAGUGUUGACAUCAUUGGGGGCGGAGCCUCUGCCUCCCCCUGCUCCUCCACAGCAGCAUCGAGGGCGGAGCUAAUCAACGAGCGAAUCGGCUACAAGCCACACCCCAAGCCGGCCACGCUGCCGACACUGUUCGGAAGUUUACAGUUUUAACACGACAAUAAAACUCAUGUUCAAAA